AUGGAGCCAUGGAUGGAGCCAUGCUCCUGGUUUCGAAAGAGCCAGGUCGCCCCCGGCACCGUAAUCUCGCUGACCUCACCCACGCGCUCCUCCUGGAGAAUCAUCUCCAAGCGAAAUGAAAAGGAGGUUCAGAUGAGCGAAGAAGCCGUCCAGCGUGGCUCCCGACCCUUUUUCGCCGCUGCAAAACUUCUCUGCCAGAAUGAACGUGACUCGAGAAAACAGGCCCUGACGCGAAUCUACCAGCAGAUCCCCUGGACAGGCACCGAGGUUGAACCCGUGCAUUAUGACGACGAUGGCCUCGUUCCUGGCGGGUACCUCACUUACCUAGUCUGGGAGAUUGUUCCUGGCGUGCGCCUGGGUGACAGUCUGGAUGUGUCUCCCUUCUGGGAGUUACUACGCGAGCAGCGUGAUGCGGCACGGACAGCCUUUGUAAGUGGAUACAGCCAGAUGAUGACUCUAGGAUACUAUCCGAUGUUUGCUGGGCCAAGGAAUCUGGUGUGGAAUGGGGAGACAAAGACCUUGUACUUCAUCGGCUUCCUUGAAUGGAAGCUCGAAAAGACCGAAUAUAAAUGGGAUAUGACCUUUCUACCCGAGUAUGACCUAGCCAAAGCGCCGGACUACAAAUGGGAGCGGGUCUGGAACGGGGAUACCAGUGGCUGGGGGUUCUAGGGUUUUGCCUGCUGGAGUUUGCUAUUCUAUCUCUAUAGAGGGGCGCUGGGCUUUUAUACUUUGUCGAGAGUUGAUUUUGAAUUGUUUGGCAAGAAACAAGAUGGGCCGUUCGGGCGACGCCUACUCAUCUACAAUUUCAUUUGGCGUGAUAGAGAGGAAAUAUCCGUACAAGACAGUCAAUGGAAAGUUUAGAGGUUGGUAUGUCUUUGGAUAUCCUUCGUCUGAC